UUCGCAGCUCAGCUCGCGAAGAGCAACUGGCCCCCCCGUGUCAAAGUCCACCCUAACGUGCUUUUUUCCCGGCUUGGAUAGUCUCAACGAGUGUCCCACAACAUACUAGAGAUGAGAAGUGAACGGAUUACCGAAGUUUUUACGUCGAAGUGCAUCAACUGGAGUUUCAGGGUCCAUUUGUAAAACGUUUAGCCACAACUUUAGUGUUUCCUUCUCCAAGUACGGUAGUUUGUGAAAGCUGCGCGAAGUGUAGGGCACCAUUCUGUGGACUCGGAAAUGCGCACUGACGACCCAUUAGUUUUACCAGGUUUAGAAAAAACGAACUGUUCUGUAAUCCGACACAAAAUCGCUCCACUCGUCUCUCUUCACCUGAGGCAAACAGCUGUUUCCCCCACCGGUGUUUUGGCGCGAGCUAUCACGCGAUUUCGGAACGAGAUUUGUUUUGUAGCGUCCCGAAAUUUGGAUACAGACCACAACAAAUCGCGAUCUUUGAUUUUCACUUCUCAUCUCUAGUAUGUUGUGGGACACUCGUUGAGACUAUCCAAGCCGGUCAGUGUGGGGAAAAAAAGCAUGUUAGGGCAGACUUUGACGCGGGGGGGCCAGUUGCCCCAUACUUUUCGGUAGCUGAGCUGCGAAGCUGCCUGCCUGGCUAAAUACUGGAGCUAUGUCGAAAAUUCAUUUCUCCAUCACUCACAUGUAUGAAAUGACAUAUGGAAACAGACCCCAGGAUGAAAAAAAACGAAGUUCUCCUUUAAUGUGGGAUUUUGGAGAUUUUCUCAAAGAUUUUGAAAAAAAAAGUAUCCAAAAUCAAAAUUUUAUCAGAACUGCCGAGGUUAACUGACCUUUUUCUGUGUAUUUUAAUUACAGUUUACAAUCAGUCACCAAGUUGCCAAGUGAAAGCUGUCGUGAUUUCAUAUGUAGUAGAUCAGCCUCACAGUUUGUUAAAAACCUGACUCUAAUUUUGUGGUUGUUUCUUUUGUUUCAAUCCUCGUUGCUUUGGACAAAAGCAUCUGCUAAAUGAAAUUGUAGAAUUGUAGAAUCCUGUUGUCUGUCACACACCUUGCAGUUUACGAGAAGAACUUGACAAGAUUAUUAGCCGGUUUCUUCAGCUAUACCUAACAAUUCAUUACUUAAAAUGUCAGAUAUCUUUUCCAUAUUUCUUUAUUUUACCAAAUAAUACCUGAUUGACUGUCUAUUAGUACAGUUUGGUUUCUAUAUAGAUGUUGCAUGUUCGAAAGCUUAGUAACUGCAACUUACGAUGAGGCCAAAAAAAGUCACAAUAUCACAACUUUAAAGGCCCUGAUAUCUAUUUACUCAUUCAGUUGCUUACUGUUAGUUAUUUGAUGCUAUAUGAACACUUCACUUACUAAUUUUACAUGAGACACUUCUAAGCACUUCACUGCUUGUAACAUCUUUAAGACGAUUUGCUUUUGCUGCCAGACCACUAUCCUGAUGAAGCAGAUGAUAAUAAUAAUAAUAAUAAUACAUCUUAUUUGUAUUUAUUUGCACGCAAAGACACUCUCCAUGGAACCCAUAAAAACGGAUGAAGGCAAUUAAAAUGGAGCAGGUAAAUAAAGCAGUGAAAGCAGAUUAAAUUUUAAACUUUAUUGCCUUAAUGAUGUAGCCUAGCCGCGCUAGACCCAGCUCUUAAGACACAAGGGUCUGGGAACGCUGAACAGGGAGGGAGGCGGGCUAAAAGGUUGUCUUUCAAAUCACUCUGCAGCAAUUGGGUAGAUAUACAACCAAUCAGCGUAACAAAUAGGCUGACGUAGUUCCUAGAGCGCUGGAUUGUGGCUAAGUCCCAUUAGCUUCCCAACCAGCGGAGCCAACUGGUAUAUUAAGGAUUUGUCAUAUCCCGUCGGCAUAAGUCCAAAUACAUCUUUCUUCUCAAUGAAACACUUAAGUGCCGUCCUUUGUUUAUCUUUCAAGUUGAAUUUUAGCUUCAAAUCUUUAAGGGCUGUGGCCAAAACCAAGUCGAAAGAUAACUGUUUAUUGUGCGCUGGUUGUUUCUGUCAGAAUCGUCGCGCCUCUGUCGUCACUUCGUUACGCCCGCCUUCUGACUCUACACUUCAUGGUGAUUGGUCCGGCCAGUUUUAGGAGCAUCCAGCCUCGAGCCUUAUGGAGGGUAACUAGACCCACCCUGGCAGAGAAUUAAAUUCGUUGCCGUGGGUUGUCUAGCACGGCUAGGCUAUUAAUGAUGUUUAUUUUUGCUUCUUUACUUUUAAAUAUGCAAUGUGACAGUAAAAUAUUGAAAACCAGGUUUUUAUAGGGGCUUUAAAUCAGGUUCAUAGAGGUCCCUCCAAACAGGAUGUAUCACUCACUAAACAUUUUGAUCAGCAACAUCUCUUUUAUAUAAAAGCCGUGUUAAAAUUCAUAGAGGAGCAAAAAUGAUUCACUUUUUUAGGUAAAUAUUAGUUGUUGGUGUUUUAUUGUUUGUCACUCAAAGCUGUCAUUAUUUUAGUUACAGAACUGUUAAAUUUCAUAGCCAGCAAAUAUAUCUUCAUUAGCCAGAUUUGCUUUUCAAUAGUUAUAGGACAUCAAUGCAAUAUUGUUUGUAGUGAAUUAUACAAAACCCAAAACAAAAUUCACCUCAUCCCAAACUAUUAUGUCAACACCAACAGACUGCCGUCCCUGCAGCCGGCUGUCUGUUCGUACUUCAUCCCCUCUCUCCUGCACACUGCUGAUGUACAGACUUUCUGUUCAGGAAAGGAAAGCCUGUUUGUCACGCUGGAGAGUUUCAAAGAAAGGGAGACGACCCGACCGCUGCCCAUCACUCCCUCUGCUACAAUUCAGCCGACAAAACAACAGAUCCCUAUCUCCAUGCAGAGUCUGCUCGCCAUCACGUCCAGCGCCUCCCACGCGACUGUCAUGCAAAGUGAUUGUCCCUGGUUGGGUUGAUAUGCAUUAUGGUGUGGGCAAAGUUAUAAAUUAUACCAGGAAGUGUGUAUAAAUAGUAUGAUAGGAAAACAUCAAAGUUACAUUCAGAACAUAAAUUAGUUUUACUGUAAGUCUCAGGGAAUAACCUUUUUUAUUGUCUGCAUCAUAACUACAAAGUCACUGCUAAUCCCAAUACAGUCAUAUCAAAAAGAGUUUUCACCUACAUUUAUCUUAACAUUCAGAAGUAAACAUGAGCAGCUUUUAUCCUCUUGCUGCAUUUGACAGUUUGUCACAUCUAAAUCUUUUGCUUUUACUUUAGUUUUUAGCUCGAAUGGAUGAGAUCACAUUUCUGAAACAAGUGUUUAAAAACUUCCUCAGUGGUGUUUGAACUGAGUGUAUUGGCUGGAUGAAAGGAGGAUGGGCAAUGGAGGUUUGUGGACGAGUGGGAGGGGGACUGAAAAUCACUGUCCUCUUAAAACAACUUGUGCUGUUUGGGCUUCAUUAGACCUCAUGUCACCUCAUGAGCAAGAAGGACAAGAAAAACAGCAGCUGAAGGUAUGUUGGCGUGUGUUUAUGUGACAAUAUCUACCAGUAUUCCUGCAAAUAGUCUUGAAAAGCUUUUUAGUUGGUAAAUAUAUGCCAAGUCUGUUUGAAGUGUCUUGAAUUUAAUUAUUAUUAAGGGAUUGUUCUUUUUUCAUGCUUCAGAUUCUGUGUAUGACACUAAAUGAUGGAGUUUUGGCCUGAGAAUCAGGGGCAAUCACAUCUGUAUUCCAGAUUUGGUACAGUUCCUGGGAGAAACUGUACACACAAUUACCACGACAGACACCAGGCAGCCCAUUAUCCGUUGUACUACGGAGAGCAGCAGGACCACAGCAGAGAGUCCAGCUACUGGACUGUACCAGGAUCCAGAACAGGAGGAGCUCUACACGAGUACAGCAGCUGGACGGACCCGGAGCUGACCGCCUCUUCUUCUUCCUCCCACUUCCCUUUUAUUCUAGACCGCCACACCCAGCACCACCAGGACCUGGGACACUAUCAGCCUCAUGAGUCCAGAGACAGAGAGUGGACGACGGCUCAGCGGGCCUCGAGGGACUACGAGAGAGGAUUUCUGAGGGAGGGGUGGCAGAGGAGGUGGGAGCCCUGCAGCCCCGUCCACUACAAGAGGGAGGUUUCUGCUAAGAGGAGCGACAGCAGCUACCGAGAGCUGGAGGCCUGGGCGGCUCGGUACAGUCAUUCACUGCCGAGGAGGAGAUGCAUAGAGGCCGAGUUGAAGGGAACCUCCCAGGGGCUGGUGGGGAGCAGCAGGGCUCCAGAGAAGGACAGCAGGAGUGGGACAGAUGCUCAGGUGGCGGCACUGCAACAUGUCCGACAAUCUGCAAACAUCAGAGAACCUGGACUGUGGGAUAGAGGGAGCAGACAGCAAGCUACAAACUAUUAUCCACCACAAGCUCCUGCCCCUGACACAAGCCACAUGCUGGACACAAAGGAAAACACUGGCUACCAAAGGAGGAUAUUCAGCCAACCUCCUGGUUAUAUUGCUCCUCCUCCCUACGACAGCCCACAUAAAAGCUCACCUGCGAUGCACCAGUCUAACUUCAACUGGGAGCAGGACGGUAAGGGACAAGCCUUCUGGUCAAAGCCCGUGCUUAAAAACCAGCUUGCUGAUUUGAAAGAGAAGAGGAAGGAGAAGGAUGAAUUUACAAAGCCAGAUGAAAGUAAAACCUGCACACAACUUGAAGUAUUAAAGCAUCAAAUACAGGAGGCAGAUGCCCAGUGUAAACGCAUGUCAUCUGUGCCACCACAAGAAGUUCAGACUUCAAAAAUAAUCAAGGAAACAUCUUCACAGGUCAUUGAAGGAAGGAAGUUCAGAUUAAACAAAAAGACAGGAGGGAUGACCAUAUUCUGCCUGGUGUCUCGAAUAGCUGCGGCCACUGAAAGUCCAUCUUUGCCACCUUUUCCCUCCCAAACUGAUAUUCAAAGUAAAGAAACAGGAGAAGUUUCUAAAGCUGUCAGAGAUGCUAAUGAAAUGAACAAGCUGGCAGAUGAGGUGGACUUCAGAGCAUCAACACUCACAGAGCAACCCAGUGAUUCUCAUGUGGAACAGAAAGAGGCACCAACCUGCACAGGAAAGGAGAUGUUGGGAGAUGUUUUACUAAACAAAGCUGGUACGGAUGAUGUCGAUUCUACAGGUGGGAAACAAUUAGGUCAGUCAGAGCAGCCUGCGUCAGUCAAAUAUCCUUUGUGGAGGGAGCCGAGUUUCAGCAGCAGGACUGAGAGUUCAUCCACAGGUUGUUUGAAACUAAACAGCGAGGAAGAAGAAGCAGAUGGUGUACAAAACAGACAUGAUCGGGGUAAUGUAAGUAGCCAUCCGAUAGAUAUUGAAGUGAGGAGACUGGACAUCAAGGAGGACACCGAGGACAGCGAGGGUCUGCUGGUUAUAGACACAACCUGCGUGGUCGUCAAAAUGGAGCUGAUUCCAUCACCAAAGAAAGAGCAUGUUCACUAUUUCGAUUCCACAGCACAUGACAAAGACUGUCCGUUUAAUGUUCAAACAGAUGUCUCCAGUGAAGUAAACUAUCAGCUAAAUCAGGAUCUCACAACUGACCAAAAAGCACAAGCAGACCCCAUGCAAAGGAAUGAAAGUCCUGACACCAAUGUCAGCUCAACACUUUUGGAGAAAGAGGAACACAAGGGAGAAAGUGAAAUCUCUUUUACCUGCAUGUUGCCAUCUCCAAUUCCUGAGAGGGAAACCUUGGAGGAGCGUGCUGAAAGAAUCCUAGGAAUCCCUCUACACGACACUAUCACUGAGCAGCAACCUAGAGAUGAAACACCAUUUCAUGAUUCAUGUGCUGAGGAGCAGGAUGAGGAACCUUCUCCGAUGAAAGAGGACAUUCAUAAUGAAAACAAACAAAUUCCAGAAGACACAACAGAGAAACAGAAUCCCUUAGAGGUUGAGGAUGCAGUACUUUUGGAGGCUAGUGAAGACACAACAGAUCAGACCAAUGAAAGUGUUCAGGAUUAUGCAGGAUCUCCAGAGCAAGUGUCAGAUAUGCCUGAAGAGAAUGACACUGACUCCCAACUUGAAAAACAUAUUGAAACUUCAAUCGAAACUGAGACUCUUAUGCUUGAAUCCGCUGGUCAAGAAGGUACAAGAAGUGAACAGUGUCAGAAGGAAAAUCAGCCUGUUGUAGAUGAUCGGUCCUGUCAUCGUUCUGACUUCUCUGAUUCGUCUUUGCCGUCACCUUCCGAUCUUACAUCUCCCUUAAAUAGCUCGGAGUCAAACACAGACGACUCUGCACUGAACACAGCUGCAUACAUCGCUCCUCAUCCUGAAACCUCACCCCUUCCUCCCUCAGCUUUGCCCCAGCUGCCAUCUCCUCUUGUACCUGACUCUUUCCAAAGCUCCACUCCCCAUAUAGACCAUUCCCCAAGCCCUCCUCCUUCUCCUCUUGAUUUAACAGAUCAAACUGCUGAAGCAAAAUCCACUGAGGAUGAAGAGAGUGAAACAUCACAUCGAACCGAAUAUGAGGUUGACACUGAGUCUCUCGUACCAGAUACAACAGAGGAGGUAGCAUCUCAGCAGCAGCAUGAACCAAAUGAUGAUGAGCAAAUGGAACAAAAACUUGAAACAUCUACAGAACAGGAUAUAGAAGUCAACAUUUUGCAGCAACAACUUGAAUGUGUCCAAGAACAGGGUGCUGUUUGUGUAAAAGAGAGUAGUAUUGCUGAGGAACAGCCCCCAGAAGAAAUUAGCGAGGAUCCUGCUGGGCUUUCAGUACAGACAUUUGAAAUAGAUGAAGAAAAUGUGAGUCAAGUAGAAGCCAACUUUGUCCAGCAACAGUCUGACUGUGGUCAAGAGGAGGAUGUUUCUGAAGAUAGAGCACUAAAAAACCCAGAUUGGCUUCCUGCAGGUUUUUGGGAACACACAAUGAGCAAGGCAAAUGCUACAGACUUGCAAAUGGAGAUGAAAAUGUUGCAUGACACCGAACCCUCGGCUUCAGACUGUGAGGUGUCAUCUUUGGAUGGACAUUCACUCCUUGAGCUUCCUUCUCCUCCACAGGAAUCACCUGAGUCAGACAUACAGUUUGUUUCUCUUGUGGACUCAGUGUGUCCUUCACCUCUAAAUCCUGAAGCUGCUGCUGACGUCCAACAAACUGCCUCUGCUCCUCUUCAUUUCGACUCCCUUCAGUUUUCCUCUCUCUCUGAUUCAUCCCCAGUCCUGCCUCCCAGCUCUGCUCCUGAUUUCCUCCCAUCUCUCAAAGAAGAGCUCCAGUAUCCAAAGUCGCUGUGGGAUGUGGUGAAUCGCAUCAGGAAACACACAGCGCCUGACUCUGAGAAUGAAGAGGAAGAAAUGAGCGAGCUGUGGGAUCCAGAGAGUACAGGCGAGGACUUUGGUUGUCCGGAUGAGGAGAUGGUCUUUGAUGAAGCAGAACAACAGGAGGUGAAGUUGAUGUAUCACAAAGAGCUAAGUGGACAUGCUGACGAAGACACUCUAUCCUGCAGCAGCACCAGCAGCCACGGCUCUGAAGACACUGUGAUUGUAGCGGACGAGGACGAAGUUGAGGAAAUGACGCUCAAUGUCAUGACUGAAAGCAAGACAGAUAAUGAGAAUGAGGAGUUUAAUGCAGUCAAAGAGGAAUCAUGCUGCUCUGGAGACGUAAAAGAUGAAACCGUAGCCGAGGAAGAGAAAGAUUAGGAAGACACAAAUACAUUUUUUUUCCAUUGGAGGUGAAGAAAACAGCAGCCAGAGCAGAAAUUAUUCAAACUGAAGCCCUCUGAGAUCACACCCUGGUCUCAUAUGAGGUCAGAGGUUCAGUGUAUACAGCUGCCAGGGGAUUAGACAUAAAUUUGUAAAUCAACUAAGCAAACAAGGUCUGCAUAUGACCAGUAUGUUGUAUUCUUCUAAUAAAUUAAAGUCUUUUCCUGUAAAAGAUUUUGUAGUAGAUAUUUUCACACAGACUAAAAUAUUGUUUUUAGCUUCAGUGUAAUUUUAGAGCUUUUAUUUUGCUGGCUGAGCAGUGAAAACAACUGCUAAGUAUGUAGAAAUGUAGGACUUUGACAAUAUCAAAUCUAAAGUAUCUGAAACAGCUGUAUUCAUGUUACAGUAGUAUUCCUGUAAAGCAGAUUUUGUCACUUUUUUUUUUCAAAUUUUUGUUUCUAUUUCUAAAGAGUAGAAUGCUUUGCGCAGUUGUGAGAUUUUGGAAGUAGAUGUAAUUACAGAAUGUGAUAUUUGGUGUGAUUUUCUGGGUGUGGUUAUAUUUCUGGCAAAACAUAAGCCACUGGUGUGAUUUGCAUGUAAAUAAACACUGGAGUGAAUUAACAUAAAAAAGUGUCCUUUACACA